AUGGUGAGCAAGGAAGGUGGUAAAUGCAUCCUCACCAACUCUGAGUCCGACUCGGAGGCAACGGCGACCUCCAUGGCCCUGGAGGUCAAAGGGUCGUCGGACGACAGUCGGCAGGUGCGCAAGCGCAACAAAGCCCUUCAGGUGCGCUUCAAGGACAUCUGCGAAGCACAGAGCGAACAGGCUCGAAUAGGAAAGCCAGCUACAUACAAGGUAGCGUACCGCAAAUACAUGACCGUUCCGGCUCGCCGUUCAAUACCAAACGUCACCAAAAGCACUGGAGUGCAAACGUCGCCAGAUCUUAGGAAGCGUUACCAGACUUUUCCAUUUGAGCGCAAGAAAGGGCACACAGUUAAGCACUCCGCUGCAGUUGACAGUUGCAAAGACCAAGAUGAUGGGUUUGUAAUCGAUGUGAAGAGGGUGAAAGCUACAGAAGUGGGCAGGGAUGGCACCCUCGCUCAUAAUGUAAGGAAAACAAGAGCUUUGAUGCACACCAGCAAGUGCAUUGCGACUAUAGAACAACAUCCGCAAGUUACUGAUGGGCCAUGCUCUGAUGCUCUAGUUUUAACCUGCCCAACAGAUGGGACGACAACAGGAGCGAACAACUCGGAUUACCAGAUCUGUAGCAUUAGAAGUAAAAACAACAAAGGCUCCCAGAGAGACUUGGAAAUACCCAAUCGCACGGGCAAGGAACAAUUGAUGAACUCUAGAGAAAGUGGUGGGAGUAUACUCCAGGAUUCAUCGUCAAAAGUUAUGGGACCUAUCGCAUGGAACUCUCUUACACAGGUGGAGUGCUUGGAGAGUCCGUCUGAGCGCAGCAAGCGCAAGAAGGCACUGCAGCUCAACGGCCUGCAGUCACAGACGUUACCGCGGGCUAGUUGCACGACACAGGUUCAGUGCCAUUCAGGCACAUUAUCCGCUCGCCCGAUGCGUACCAUGGACGAGGCAACGGUGGCCUCCGUGGCGACGGCAGCCGUUCCCAUGCCAGCACCUCUGUGCCGGGGCGUGACGGGAACUCUACAGGUGGAUAAUGAGGCUUGCAAGCAGAUUGUAUCUAUCAAUCAGGACGGGGAUGUUAAAGCACAGCUCCAGGCCAUGGAGAACAUGAUCAGCUCCAGCCAGGAAACCAUCAAAGUACUGUUAGGCGUUAUUCAGGAGCUGGAGAAAGGAGAGGCUCAUAGAGGAGGACUAUCCUAUCGGACCGGACAGGACACGGCCAACUGCGACACGUGUCGGAACAGCGCAUGCAUUAUCUACAGUGUGGAGCUGGACUUUAAACUCCAGGAAGAUAAGCUCCAGCCCCUGAUGAAGAGACUGUGUCCCACAGACGAGUCCUCAUUCCCCCCUCUGACAUAUCCUCAGGAGAGCAUUGGCUCCACACCCAAACGCAAGUCCAAAGCCGAGGCCAAGAAACACGCACGAUGGAAACUCUGGUUUCUGUGACAACACACACACCUGGGACCCCUCUACAGGAUUACACAGAUUUGAACACAACUUUAGUAUUAUUUCGUUCAUGAUUUUAAGAUGGAAAUAAACGACAGAAAGCAACACUAGAGGAGCAUCGGUUCCACUGCUUUGUUCGGAUUCAAGAAAUGCAACGUUUUUCCAAACAAAUGUUGUUGUUUUUUUCUCAUCUUUUAAUAUGGAUGUAUCAUGCCUGAUGAACUUGGUUUGAAAAUGACACAGCUAGUAUAAAAAUAAAAUGUAUGUAUAUUUAAAGGGAAAAAAAUGGAAUGUGCUUCCGGAAAAAGGAAUUAUGACUAAGCCAAUUCCCUCAAACGGAGCGUGAAAUGAUUUUAAGGUGAGACACAUAAUUGGAUUAAUAACAAAUCUUGCUAGACAAAAUAGUUUUUCUUUCUUGCUUUAAUUUUAUGAAAGCUCAUGCUAAAGAUUUGGAAAAUUAGGAGGCUAAACAAAGGGACAAUUUUGGAAGGACG